CCUCCUCCUCAGCUCUGUUCAGCCCUGCGCAGGGACUGGCUCUCCCGCAGCCAUUUUCUGUCCAACCAAACGGCCGAACAGAGACAAGAACCAACCAGGGCUUCAUCGCAGAUGGACGGAGACGGUUCAACCACAGAUGCCUCCCAGCUUGGCAUAACAGGAGAAUAUAUGACUGGUGGACACUUUGUUCUCCAAGCUCAAGAUGAUGAGGGUGAAGAGGGACUCAAUGACCAUGAUGAUGGGAAUGGAAGCAAAGAUAACUUUAGGGAACAAGACAUCUUUCUCCCCAUUGCCAAAGUCGCCCGAAUCAUGAAGAAUGCAGUUCCCCAAACUGGAAAAAUAGCCAAGGAUGCCAAGGAAUGUGUUCAGGAGUGUGUUAGCGAGUUCAUCAGUUUUAUCACUUCAGAAGCCAGAGAGAGGUGCCAUCAGGAGAAGCGCAAGACCAUAAACGGGGAAGACAUCCUGUUUGCCAUGUCCACGCUGGGCUUUGAUAUGUAUGUGGAACCUCUUAAACACUACCUGCAGAAGUUCAGAGAGGCCAUGAAAGGAGAGAAAGGGAUAAGUGCUGUAACUGUAUCUGAAGGCAUGGGGGAGGAGCUUGCAGAUGACACUUUCACAAAUCAACUACCUGCAGGGAUUAUAACAGCUGACGGACAGCAACAAAAUGUGAUGGUUUACACGACUUCUUAUCAGCAGAUCCCCGGUGUUCAGCAGCUUCAGUUCUCUUGAAUAUGCACUGCGUAAAGAAACCAACACUUAUCCUCAAAAAUGAAACCUCCAUGCUUCCACACACAAGUGAAGGUCAUGAAUGGUUGGGGCUGUUCAUCAGUACUUCUGUGAACCCAUUUCUUGUGCUCUUUGAGGGUCAAAGUUUAGCCUGUUAUGCCAGCUAUGUGUGGUCUGCGAAGACUCAUUUUCAUUUUAAGUGACUAGUUUUGUUGGAUGUUACUUUUUGUUUUCGUCAUGCAUUUGGAGUUUUAUGCAUUAGGGUUAAAGGGGUUUUAAGGGGUAAUUCAUCUCACUAUUCAAGCAAUAAAAACAGAACACGUGAAUCUUCCCGCAUUUAAUGGAAUGAGUGGGUUGCUUCUUUUUUUUUAUAGAUACAAAUGUCAGGUUGCAUGUGUAUUUUCAGUUGAUGUUAACGCUUAAAAUGUGAUUGGGGUUUUUGUAAAUAAUUCAUAUCUUCUGUACAGUUGUUUUUGUUUUCAUGAAUUUGUAUUAAACUCAACUCAACAGAAGGAACAAUUUCAAAGCAAUGUGAUUUGAUCAGUCAAAAGACAAGUCAUAAAAACAAGUUUUAUUUUCCCUAUGCAAAAUAUUACAAUGAAAUUUGCCAAUAGACAUGAUAAUUGGGCUAUGGCCCAGAUUCAUUAUGAACUUGUGUAUAUUUUUCUUUUAUGUGUUUUACCUCCUAUGAUGUUUGCAUUUAAUAAAUCUUUAGUAAUAAUCA